AUGGCUAGAUACAUCGCAGCACACCGAAAUCCCCAGGGUCCGGGAGAUUCACGACCCGUCGCCUUGCAAAUCAUCGAAGACGAAGGCCUUGCUGGUGAUGGGCUGUCUGGAAAGACCGCACUUGUGACAGGAGCGAACAGGGGCAUCGGCCUCGAAACAGCGCGGGCUCUACACGCAGCCGGCGCAACAGUCUACCUGGGUGUCAGAGACCUCAAAUGUGGCGAAGAGGCUGUGAAGGAUAUCAUCGCGACUUCACCUACAGACAUCGGUGCACCAAUUCAACUGCUUGAGUUGUCUCUCGACUCCCUCGCCUUUGUGCGUAACGCGGCGCAAACGUUUCUCGCAAAGAACAACAACAAAAUCAACAUACUUGUCCUCAACGCAGGAGUCAUGGCGUGCCCCAAGGGUAGCACCAUCGACGGGUUCGAGACACAUCUCGCGACGAACCAUCUUGGUCAUUUUCUUCUCUUUAGGCUACUACAGCCAGCACUACUGGCCUCUUCAUCACCUUCCUUCAACUCUCGCGUCGUCUCCGUCACUUCGUCCCUUCAUCGACUCGGCCCGAUCGAUUUCAACGACUUCAACUAUGACAACCUACCAUAUCACAAGCUCAAAGCCUACGCAAGAUCUAAAACGGCCAACAUUUACUUGGCCAACGAGAUUGAGCGUCGGAUCGGGGAUAAGGGACUGCAUGCCAUUUCUGUGCAUCCAGGCAGCGUGUUGACCAUGAUUUCCCGGCACAUGGAAGAUGACCCGCUCAAGAUGCCUGAAGGGGACUGGGAAGAGAUUCGGUAUCUAAGGAACGCGGCCCAGGGAGCUGCAACAAGUGUGCUGGCGGCGGUCGGUGCUGAAUGGGAAGGGAGGGGAGGGUGUUAUCUUGCUGAUUGUGUGGAGCAAGGUCUGGCGGUUGAUCCAUCUUCUCAGACCGAUAUGGGAUACGCAUCAUGGGCUUUUGAUGAACAAGGAGCAAACAUAUUGUGGGAGGAGUCCUGCAGAAUGAUUGGACUUGAGGACGGCAUAUAA